AUGGCGCUCGAAGACCGCUUCGAGGUCAUCAAGGAGAUUGGAGACGGAAGUUUUGGCAGCGUCGUCCUCGCUCGAACCCGAACGGCGGGCGCAGCUGUUGCCCGCCGAGGCACUCUUGUCGCAAUCAAGUCCAUGAAGAAGACGUUUGAGUCUCUGUCGCCAUGUCUUGAGCUUCGAGAAGUCGUCUUUCUCCGAACCCUUCCUCCUCAUCCCCAUCUCGUUCCCGCCCUCGACAUCUUCCUAGAUCCCUUUACGAAAAAGCUACACAUUGCCAUGGAGUACAUGGAGGGCAAUCUGUACCAGCUGAUGAAGGCCAGAGACCACAAAUAUCUCGACAAUGCAAGUGUCAAGAGCAUCUUGUUCCAGAUUAUGCAGGGUCUCGAGCACAUCCACUCCCACAACUUCUUCCACCGCGACAUCAAGCCCGAGAACAUUCUCGUUUCCACGUCAGCUCACCAGGACACCUCAAAUUCAUUCCGAAGAUACUCUGCCCUGGUUACGCCACCCUCGACUCCUCCUACUUACACCGUCAAGUUGGCUGAUUUCGGUCUCGCUCGUGAGACUCACUCCAAGCUCCCGUACACUACCUACGUUUCCACGAGAUGGUACCGAGCGCCCGAGGUUCUGCUGCGCGCCGGCGAGUAUUCGGCGCCCGUCGAUAUCUGGGCCGUCGGCGCCAUGGCCGUGGAGAUUGCUACGCUGAAGCCGCUGUUCCCUGGUGGAAACGAGGUUGACCAGGUGUGGAGGGUUUGCGAAAUCAUGGGCAGCCCUGGAAACUGGUACAACAAGGCCGGUGCCCGCGUGGGAGGAGGUGAAUGGCGCGAAGGUACUAGACUGGCCUCUAAGCUGGGCUUCUCUUUUCCCAAGAUGGCGCCUCACGCAAUGGAUACCAUCCUGCAGUCUCCUCAGUGGCCGCCUGCGCUGAGCCACUUUGUUACCUGGUGCUUGAUGUGGGAUCCCAAGAACCGUCCUACGUCUACGCAGUCUUUGAACCACGAGUACUUCGCCGACGCUACGGAUCCGUCAAGGCCCAAGUCAUCCGCUUCCAAGAUUUUGGGUCGCAAGCAGUCCGAUCUAAGCCGCGCCUCCAAAGAGGGCUUGGCUCCUUCAAACUCCGUCUCAAAGCCUUCUUGGUUCCGCAAGUCUCUCAUCGGCCGCAGCGACAUUCCCGAAACCGUGGUUGUUGCCCCCGUCCAGCCGUCGCCUGUGCAAACCUCCAGCACUGUCGAUACUGCCAAUGCUAAGCAGGUUACCAAGUCCAAGCGGACCACCUGGGCGAACGGUCUCUCCAGCGCCGCGCCAAUGCCAAUUCUGCCUUCCAUCAAGCCGAUUUCGCCCUUGUCCGACGCCGUGACGGCGCGUGCCAACAGCAACACUGAGAGCCAAGACAAGAGCAAGAAGCUUGGCCGACAGCUCUCCGUGAACUCGAGCACCAACAACUACACCGAGCUGCAUCGCGCUCAGGCCGAACGCGCUCUAAACGGACAGACGGGCCUUGCCUCGCCCCCUAGCGCUCACAAGGAGAGCUUCUUCUCGCACCUUCGGAAGCGAGCAAGACGCUUCUCUGGCCGCCACCAGACUCCUGUUUCGCCAGCAUACGACGACAUGGAAGCGCAAGUGGGAUGCAGCCCUUGGAACAGCAAUAGAUCAUCUAUGCUUGUUGACCAGCAAGUGAGCGUCGUCCCAAAGGCCGAAGGAGGAUAUGAGUCCUUGGAUAAAGCCCUACACGAUGUCCAGGGCGCUGAGCCCCGAGCUCCCGUUCCCCCCUCACAUCAGCUUGCGGCAGCCGGAAAGCUUAAGCGCCACCAUUCGCUGCCGUAUCAACAGCCCAGAUCUGUCGACAACCUGAUUGGCGCUGCCCGGAAUGGUCCCAUCUCGAGCCGUACUCGACGUGCCCAAGCGGUUCACGACGUUCAGCAGUACGAGACGCCAGCCGAGGAAGACGAACUCCUCGAUGAGGCUCUUACAGCGACUCAGCGAGCAAUGAAGCGCUUAGAAAACAACACGAAGCCGCUGCGGCAGUCUGCGAGCAACCUGGGCCUGUCCAGCUCUCAGCCAUAUCCUAGUCCAUCGCCAUCUGCCAACAGCAACCAGCUGCUCUAUGCAGACGGCGCUGAGGCCAUGGCACCGAAACCUCUUGACCUCAGCAAGAAAACCUCAAACCAGUACAAGUGGCCCACUCCCCCAUACGAGGGUGGUGAGUGGAGUGCUUCGGCUUCCGCAAGCAUUUGGGCUGCUGGAAACCGCAUCUAA